AUGACUUCCAGUUCUUUGACGAAACCUCCCAUGCGAGGCCUUUUGGCCAAGUGCCCACAAUUUUGUAUUAUUGGAGCGUUCGCUGUAUCCCUGCAAGCUGCAGCUCUCUCUAAAUUUGCUGUGGCUGAACCAGGAAAGAAAGUAUAUGCAGAUUUCUACAGAAAUUAUGAUUCCAUAAAAGGUUCUGAAGAGAUGAGGAAGGCUGGUAUCUUUCAGAGUGAUUUUGGAAUGUGA